GUCCGUCAGCCCGUCAGUUCUAUACUUCCCAUUCUGCGCUAUAAUAAACUGCGUUUGAAGUUAAAGGGAAUGUGUCACACUGUCAUGGAAACUCUUGGAUUUUGAUUCCACGCAUUCUCCAGAAAACAUGCUGGCUCUAACAUGUAUUCAAAGCCGGGAGAAAAUGUGACCACCACUACCUUCUAUCCUCAGCCAGACAAUUCACUUCCGAUUCACACCCGAGAUACCUACCUACUGAUUGCGACAUUUGUUUCUGUCCUCAUCAUCAUGGGAAUUGUGAUUGCGUUUAUUAACCGGAAGUGUCGUGAUUCCAUAUCCAGAGCGAGGUUUCGUCUGCUCCAUCUUCGUCACCACGAUGUCUUGACGACAGGUCAUCGGUGGAGGGCCAAGCAUCGUAGAACUAGUACAAAAUCCAUGACGCACCAUAUACACAGCUUACAUGACCCAUACAGUCCCGUGUACAGCAAAGAGGUAAACGCCCCUGUGUCUUUUUUCACAGAGAAAAGAACAGUUCCAAAACAACUUGAAAGAAAAGUGUGCUCAUCUGACACCUUGUACGAGUCUGGAAGCUGCAGUAGCGGCGCAGAAUUGGAUUCUGGUAUAUCUGUGAUUUCCAGUAAAACAGAGAUCCCAACAUGUUCAAUGCCAGAAUGUCGCUCUACAUUUGACAAAGCAAACACGAAAAAGAGCGCCAGCAAGCCAGAACUAUGUCUAGCGCCCGAUGUUAAGUUGGUCAGGGUUCUUAUGCCGGAGUCUUUAGAAAAAGGAGGUAACGAAAUUCCAAUUGCCGUGGAUAAAAGCUUCAUUUACCAUCAGCAUAGGAGAUGGGCAAAGAAGGGAACUAUUGGUAAACCUAAACGUUAUUCUGUGUAUCUGGACAAUUUGGAUGGUAACAGAAAUAAUAGGAUAUUGCGUGCUAGGUUAUCUAAAUACGAAGUGGGUGAUUUCACAGUUCACAGAACAGGAAGUCCAGAAAGGAGACAUCUAGAUGAAAUUGAUCAUCAGUCAUCAUUCGAUGUGAUUUCGAUGAGCAGCAACGACGAGCCUGUGGAUGAAAAUUUUAAUAGAGCCCAGAUAAAAGACGUUCACGAGCCAUUCCACAGCACUACGUUUACGUCUUGCAGUAAUUCAAAUUGUGAUAGAAAAACAAAGACAAUCAAUAAUCUCGAAUGUGAAAGUGUCUUUCCCGCGAAAGGAAAACAAUCCCUGAAUAACCCUGGUACUUUGUCAUCUAAAAGUGUUUCCUCUAAUAGUCCAUCUUUCAUGUCAUCACCUGGUCCAUAUUCUUCAAAUCAUCACCACUAUUCAGACCACAGUGUGUUCAAAUUCAAAGAGGGCGCGACUUCACACAAUUAUUGCACGGAAAACCAGACAGGCUUGAAAAGCCUUUUGCCGUCUUUUCGGGAAUUUGGAGAAUUCUUAGAAGAAAGGAGACGGAAGCUCUCCAGUUAA